AUGAAACAGCCUCCAAGAUGUGUAAUAAUCCUCAUACAUGGAUUUGCAGAACAUAGUCAACGAUAUACUCAUUUUGCUAAAUUUUAUAAUGAACAUAAUUAUACAGUUGUAUCCAUGGAUCUAAGAGGUCAUGGUAUUUCUGAAGGUCAACGUGGUUUUGCACCGUCAAUCGAAUCACUGUGGCAGGAUCUUGAUCUAUUAAUUAGUGAAAUUCGACAACGUUAUCCCUUAUCUCCAAUUGUUCUAUAUGGUCAUUCGAUGGGUGGUAACUUAUGUUUAUCUUAUGCGUUAAAUCGUAAUACAUCAAAAACAAGUGUUUGUCCGUAUGCUGCAAUGAUUGUAACUGGACCUUGGAUUCGUUUAACGGCACAGCCGAUGAGUCCUGUAUCUUUUUUAAUUCGUACUCUGAGCAGAAUACACCCUACUCUAAAUCUUCCACUAAAACUUGAUUCAACACUUGUUUCUCGUGAUAAAGACGUUGUUGAAGCGUAUGUAAAUGAUCCUCUUGUACAUGGUCGAGCAACAGCUGCUUUGUUUGCUUCUAUCAAUGACAUGGCUUUGACUAUGGAUAAAAAUGGUGGUGAAUUUUUUAUACCCGUUUUAAUACAACACGGAGGCGCAGAUGGAUUAACAUCGUAUGUAGCUAGUCGACGAUUUGCAGAACGUUCAAAGGGUGAUGUGCUAUACAAAGAGUGGCCUGAUUUGUAUCAUGAAAUACACAAUGAACCAGAAAAAGAUCUUAUAUUUCAAUUUACAUUGAACUGGAUUGAAGAAAAACUUUUUCCUAAAAAGGAACAGUUAGACACUUGA